UCAUCUAUCUAUUCCCCACAAGCAAUUCUCACUUCUCUCUCUAGAUUCAAGUUUCACUUCACUAAGGUAAGGAUGAAUCGUUCAAGAGGACAACCUAUUCAGGAAAUGGGAAGUGAAACCCUAGAAAGCAUACUGAUCUGCACAAAACAGCCACAACAAGAGAAGAAGACAAGACCUCAUGCAGAACAAGCCCUAAAAUGUCCAAGAUGUGAUUCAACAAACACCAAAUUCUGCUACUACAACAAUUACAGCCUAACCCAACCAAGGUACUUCUGCAAGUCAUGUAGACGCUACUGGACUCAAGGUGGAACCCUAAGAAAUGUUCCUGUUGGUGGAAGUUUCAGGAAGAACACCAAGAAAUCAUCGUCAUCUUCUUCGUCGUCUAAGACUAGUAAGACCGGCCAAGACCAUCCACCGCUUCUUCAUAAUCAUUUUCCAUCCUUAACCUAUGAUUCCAACCAUGAUCAUCUUGCCCUAGUACCGUUUUCAAACUUGCCCAUGAGAUUUGAUCAUGAAGUCAAUGUAGGAAACUACCAUCUUCAUCAUGAAUCGGCAAUGAAUUUUCAGAAUUUGUAUUAUGGGGAUCAUAUGGGUGGUCAAACGUCUCAAAUGGGGAUUAAUAGUGGAGGGAUGAUCAUGGAUCAUGGGCUGAAUCCGGUUGAUCAUCAAGAAAUGGCGGCGACGAUUCCGUUUGAGGAAUUGAGUGGUAUGGGGGAGUAUGGUAACAAUAGAGUGCUUUGGGGAUUUCCAUGGAAAUUGGCUGGGGAAAAUGGAGAUAACAACAUGAAUAUGGUGGGGGAUUAUCAUGAUCAAAAGGGGAUUAAUACUAAUUGGAAUGGAAUUGGAUCAUCUUCUAAUUGGCAUGGACUUCUCAAUAGCCCUCUUAUGUAGAGUUUUAUUAUCGAAUAGACUUUUUUUUAAUGUUGUUGCAAAGAAAGGAAAAUCAUAGUUUAACUUCAAUCCAUUUUGAGUUUGUAAUGACAUGAUUAGUAGAUUUAAAUCUUCUAUUAAAUUUGGUUUCUUAUUCUUAAGA